CUAGAGACCUGGGGGAGCCUUUCAACAGGUAAUGGGCAGAGGCACAAGCAGACAGAAAUCAUAUUGGGGAAAACCACACCAUCAAGUUUCCUUAAUUAUCUAUUGCAAAGGAGACUGCCUCUGUUUUCAAAGAGAGCCAUGGAGCAUUACUUCCAUGGGAUUGGGUUGCUAAGCUUUCCCAGCAAGGAGAAACUGGAAGAAAGCUUUGGAAGACAGAGAUUUUGAAAAAGGAGAGAGAGGCAGUUUGUCUAAUUGCCAAAGGUUCUGACUCAGAAAAUACAGGGGAAACAUGACGGGAAGUAGAGAGGGAUCUAACACUGAGCUUGGGCAAAGAUAUUGAGAAGUUUCUAGUGGGAUAUUUUGUUGUGGGAGAUAAAACACCAAUCAAAAGCAUAAUCAAAAGUUAUUUCUGGGGUAGGUUAGUGACUAGCAGAUGAGUUGAUCUGAGACUGUGACCUAACACUUCCUCUCUGUAUUACUGUCUGCAACUUAGUGCCUGGAACUGAAUAAAUGAGAGUUGAGUGGCUCUGGAGGGAAAUCAUCUGCACAGAUAUGAAACUGGGGUUUGGGUUGCAGAUGGCACAAAGAGAGGUGGGGGGAGAGAGAGAGCUUCUGCAGAUACCUGGUUCUCCUGCCUUCCCACCUCUUAAGCCAACAGAUAUGAGUGAGUGGAAAUAGGUAGUGGUUUUGCUCUCACAGCCACAGGAAGCAUAUUCCCUGUCUUCUAGCAGCAACACCAGAGGCCUGGGCUCUGGUGGUGCCCUCUAAGGCCCCUGCUGCAUGUCACUGUGCUGACUUUUGUUAAAAUACUAAUCAACAAUGUUACAAGGAAGGUUUCCUUUUCUAAAUACUCAAUCUAGAGGCCAGGAAAGGGUCACCCACUAAUUCUUUGCCUGUGCCCAAGUUUCAGGACAAAGGGCAUGUGUGGCAACUAUGGGCUGCUUAACUAAACAAGAUAAUCUUUCUUGACUUAUCUCUUAGUAAGCUGAGGACCAUGUUCCUGUUUCUACCAUUCCUUCUCCUUCUUCUGAGUCUGGUGACAUUAUAUACUGUAACCAAUAGGGAGGUUCAAAAGACCUGCCCAGUGAUGGCCUGUAUUCCUCCAGGCAUGAAUGGUUUCCCAGGCAAAGAUGGACUUGAUGGAGCCAAGGGAGAAAAGGGAGAACCAGGUCAAGGGCUCAGAGGCUUCCAAGGCCCACCUGGAAAUUUAGGACCUGCAGGCCCCCCAGGUCCCCCUGGAUCAAAAGGGGCAGUGGGUAAAAAGGGAGACCCUGGAACAUGUCCAGCAUGUGACACUAGCAGAGCUGCUUCUGAAAGAGCAGCUUUCAAAGCAGAAUUGGAAAGCAUCAAAAAGUUGCUAUGGUUUUCUGUCACCAAAAAAGUUGGAAAGAAGUUCUUCUGGAACAGUGGCGAAACAAGAAAUUUUGACAGUGCUAAGGCUCUGUGUGCCCAAUUCCAGGCCUCCAUGGCACCACCCAACGCUGAAGAGAAUCAGGCCAUCCAGAGUUUGGUCAAAGACUCCGCCUUCCUAGGCAUAACAGAUAAGGAGAAUGAAGGCCAGUUUGUGGAUAUGGCAGGAAGGAGAGUGACCUACCGAAACUGGAACAAGGGUGAGCCCAACAACACUGACUCUGGGGAACACUGUGUGCUGAUGCUCUUGGAUGGCACCUGGAAUGACGCCACCUGCUCCUCCUCCUUUAUGGCAGUCUGCAAGUUCCCUGCCUGAGGCCACGUGCCCCUCAGCUCCCCCUGUGACUUUACUGCACCCUGAAGACCGACAGUCUGCUCUGAAGGUGAAGACAUCAAUUUUCCACACGUAGUCAUGAGUUGCUCCUUUUUUGGAGCAUUGCAGAAAAUGAGGAGAAGGGAUUGAAUGAUGGGAUGGGGAGGAGAGAAAUGAGAAGAGGCUGAUAAUGGAGCAACAUAUAUUUCUGUUUCAGUCCAAAACACUAAUAAUGAACACUAACAACAACAUAACAGUGAUAGUUUUAGGAGUUGCGUGGUAAAAUUAAUAAUACAUUUUAAACGUUCACUUUGAGCAAGAUGCUACAUUUUUCUAUCUUUCAAUUAUUAUCUCAUGUAAUUAAGCUAUGGCAUUUUUGUAAGUCCUUGUUCAGGUACAAAAAUAAACUGAGUUCACUUAUCCACUUACUACAAA